CCCAUCACCCGUCUCGCCGCAGGGGAUGGGGACGGGGGAGGAGCCUUUUCGACCCUGGCGGCGCGCCGUCCGCCCCAGUCACGUGACCGCGACUCUACGCGCCACAAGAUGGCGGCGCCCGAGUGAAGGAAGGCGCGCAGGAUGCGCCGCGCGUUGCGGGCGGCAGCCGCAUUCAGCACCUUCGCCCGAUCCGGCCCGGGCCCCCCCCCCCGCCGCUAUGGCCGAGGCCCCCCCUAACGGCUCCACUGUGCCUCCCCCGGACUCAGGGGACCCCCCCGGGGCAAGCGAAGCACUGGUCACCGAGGGCCGGGCCACCAUCAUCUGCCCAGGGGGCAAUGAAGUCUUCUACAACCCCGUGCAGGGCUUCAACCGCGACCUGACCUGCGCCGUCCUGACGGAGUUUGCCCGCCUCCAACUGCAGCCCAAGGGGAUCCAGAUCGUUCUCCCUGGGGAGGAGCAGCCGGAUGUGGGGAGGCUCCAGGAGGGGGACCCCAGGAAUGCGGACCCCGAGGGCCUCAUGGCCCUGAGGACGGCAAAGCCAGGGGAUGUGUGCGAGGGGGGGCUGCGGGUGCUGGAGGCACUGGCUGCCUCGGGGCUGCGAUCCAUCCGCUUCGCCCUCGAGGUGCCGGGACUCGCAGCCGUGGUGGCCAACGACGCGUCCCCCCGUGCCGUUGCCCUCAUGCACCGCAACGUCGCCUUCAACGGGGUGGGGGCCCUGGUCACCCCCCGCAUGGCCGACGCCAGGGCACUGAUGUACCAGAGCAAAGCCGAUAGAGAGCCCUUUGACGCCAUCGACCUCGACCCCUACGGGAGCCCUGCACCCUUCCUGGACGCUGCCGUGCAGGCUGUGAGCGAGGGAGGGCUGCUCUGUGUCACCUGCACCGACAUGGGCGUGCUGGCGGGGAACAGCCCCGAGACCUGCUACGGCAAAUACGGUGCUGUGUCGCUCAAGGGCAAGUUCUGCCAUGAGAUGGCCCUACGGAUCAUCCUGCACAGCCUGGACAAUCGCGCCAACUGCUACCAGCGCUUCAUUGUGCCUCUGCUCUCCGUCAGCGCCGACUUCUACGUCCGCGUCUUCGUCAGGGUCUUCACGGGACAGGCGAAGGUGAAGAAUUCAGCCAGCAAACAGGCGUUGGUCUAUCACUGUGUGGGCUGCGGCACUCACCACCUCCAGCGCAUGGGGAAGGUGACGGAGCACGGCAGCGGCUUCAAGUAUGGAGCAGCCACGGGGCCGCCCGUGGGGCCCAACUGUGAGUUCUGCCAACACCGACACCAGCUCGGUGGCCCCAUCUGGGCUGAGCCUCUGCACGACGCCGACUUUGUGGCGCGAGUGUUGGCGGCUCUGGAGCGGAGCCCCGGGCGCUUCGCCACCGAACAGCGGCUGCGUGGGGUGCUCAGCGUCGUCACUGAGGAGCUGGAGGACGUCCCGCUGUACCACACGCUGGAUGGGCUGAGCAGCACCCUGCACUGCAACACCCCCUCCCUGCUGCAGCUCCGGUCCGCCCUCCUCCACGCUGGCUUCCGCGUUUCCCUCUCGCAUGCCUGCAAAAACGCCGUCAAGACAGACGCGCCACCCACUGCGCUCUGGGACCUGAUGCGCUGCUGGGCCAAGCUGAACCCAGUGAAACGCGAGCGGCUCACUGAGACCAGCCCGGCCGCGCGGAUCCUCGCCGUGGAGCCAAUCCUCGAGGCCUCCUUCGCACUUCACCCCGACGCCAAUCCCAGUUCCAGGAAACGCGGCCUCAAGCGCUUCCCAGAGAACCCCGAGGCCUUUUGGGGUCCCAAAGCACGGGCGAAGGCCGGGGGUGGAAUCUCCCCCUCCCUCCAGGAGAAGCGGCAGCGGCUCCAGAACAAACGUUCGGCGCGGACGGACGAUGGCACCAGUCUCAAACAGUUUCCGUGUAAACGGUUCAAGGAGGGAAGCUGCUCCCUUGGCUCCGGCUGCCGGUACUCACACGAGGACGGGGUCCCGGCUGCCCCCUGCCCCCCUGAUCCCGAAUAAACCAUGUCCAGAGAAAAUUUCCCAUGGGAUUUA